AAGUUGAGUAUAUUCCCUUCAAAGUGACGCAAGAAUACUAAAAAAAAAGAAAAUUUUUUGAGGGAAAAUUUGUUUUAUAAAAGAAUUUAGAGAAAUAUUUUAAAUAAACCAUUUUAUUUUGUAAUUAAAAUUUAAAAGAAGAAGCUUUUGUUUAUAAAGAUAAACAUGCAUAGUUUAAAUUUAUUUAAAAGAUGGCCGCUAAAAAGUGUUAGCAAAAUUAAUCAACUAAUGCAAACAGCUUCCAUAUCGGUAAGGACUGUGGAAAAGCCUAAAAAUAUGGCGGAAGAGAAUUCUCCUUAUCCGCGCAAAAUCUUCUCUGGCAUACAACCUACCGGCCAAUUGCAUUUGGGCAAUUAUUUGGGUGCCAUACAAAAAUGGAUAGAGUUGCAAAAUAAUCAAGAGGAUGUUACCUAUUGCAUAGUAGAUAUGCAUUCUAUAACCAUUGAUCAGAAUCCUGCAGUUUUACGUGAAAAUAUUUUCGAAAUGGCUGCCACUAUGUAUGCCUGUGGUCUUAAUCCAGAAGAUGGUAAUCUUUUUGUACAAUCCUCUAUUAAAGAACAUAGUGAAUUAUGUUGGAUAUUGAAUUGUCUAACUACUAUGGCUCGUUUGGGUCAUUUACCACAAUUUAAGGAGAAAUCGCGUAAAGUUAAAGAUGUUCCUUUGGGUUUAUAUGUGUAUCCAGUGCUGCAGGCAGCGGAUAUUAUGUUAUACAAAGCCACCCAUGUACCAGUAGGUGAAGAUCAACUGCAACACAUACAAUUAACUCAACAUUUAACGCGCAUAUUCAAUACACGCUAUGGACAAACUUUCCCCGUUUGUCACGCCAUGAUUGACAAUCAAGAGGCGGCACGUAUACGUUCUUUACGCAAUCCGGCCAAGAAAAUGUCAAAAUCUGAUCCAGAUACUCGAGCCACCAUAAGUAUACGUGAUGAACCUGAUGUUAUAGUGGAGAAAAUUAAAAAAGCUGUUACCGAUUUCACUUCCGACGUAACCUAUGAUCCAGCCAAUCGUCCGGGGGUUUCAAACUUGGUAGCCAUACAUUCCCUAGUAACGGGAACUCCUAUAGAGAAAAUUAUCGAAGAAGCUAGAACUUUAGAUACUGGACGCUAUAAACUAAGAGUAGCUGAGGCAGUGGUAGAACAUUUGAAACCUAUUAAAUCCAAAAUAGACAAACGUUUGGCUCGCAAAACAGAAUUGAUUUAUAUGUUGGAACAGGGUGCCGAAAAGGCACGCCAACAGGCUCAGGAAACUUUGGAAGAUGUUAAACAAAAAAUGGGUUUGGGUAUUUAUACAAAUAUACCACAAAACUUAGAUGUUAACACCUUUAGCGAUAAGGUGGAGGAAAGGCCGGUGAAAGAAGCAAAAGUAGAACCUGCUACAGCCAAAUUCGAUGAGGAGGGAAAACCCAUAGUGCCCAAACAAAAGAUACGCAUAGAAAGUAGACGUUCGAAUCAUACACAAACUUUGGCACCAGCCUUUGAAAUAUCUUUAGGAACGCCAUCAAAAUUGGACAGUAAAAUGGUUACACAGCCAUCAUCCGAACAAGCGACGCAGCAAAAGGAAGAGUUGCCAGAGAAAUCUAUAAACUAAGCUAGCAAUUUAGAAUCUUUGGUUAAUUUUAUAUAAAUGUUUGUUGUGUGUUGUUAUUUAAAAGAAAAUUUGACUUUUUGAAAAAAAAAAACAAAACAAAAUUUUUUUGUUGAAUAAAAGGAAAAUA